GCAGUGCAUAAAGCCAUGUACAUGUAGUCUAUACCAUUCUCUACUAGUUCCUGCAGGAUGACAUCAGGGGAAAUCCCUUCUUGUCUUACAGUGCUCUGUUGGUUCCUGGUGAUAAGAAGAACAGAAGUAUCUCUCCUGGAAACUUCAUCAAUCAUGGCUGGGGUGUACUUCUUAAAGAUAAGAGGGUUGCUGCCUGUUCUCACUGUUCUCUUCAUCUGCCUGACCCAGACCAUCUACUCAGCUCCCCUCUCCUCCUACCUGGUAUCACGCUUUACCAGUCCUGACCCCACCCUACCAUUCAACCACAUCACCAUCAACAACAUCACUGGAGAGGUAUAUAUAGGAGCCCGGCAGAGACUCUAUCAACUCAACUCAGACCUGACUCUCAAACACACUGUGGAUACUGGACAAUGCCCUUCACCAAAUGGAAAUACAAACAACAAUAAACUUCUUCUGGUAGCUCCAUCACCUGAGGACAAGCUCAUCACAUGUGGCAGCUGUGAUGGUUACUGUGAGACAAGAAGUCUGACUAACAUAUCACAUGAUGUAGUGAGAUAUGAGACUUCCAGUGGUCAGCUUGUUGUGACAGUUACAUCAGAUGCACCCACUGUUGGAGCUGUUGUUUUAGGUGCUGACUAUGUACCGAAUGGCGAGAGUACUCUAGAUGAUGGAUUGUACUUAUUCACAGGGAUCAGUGAUGUAACAUUGAGUUUUCCAUCCGUCUCAAAGUACAGCUUUGUAGACCUGUCAACUGUACAAAAUGUAUUACCACCUCAAACCCUUAUCCCACAGAACAUUAAUCAUUUGAUCGCUUAUAUGGAAUAUCUCUACUAUUUCAUCUCAAGGGGAGAUUCUGUAUACUUGGGGCGACUGUGUCGUAAUUCAUUAGACUUAAGAUUUGCAUCCUACACAGAGAUAGAACUACAGUGUGAAUCUGACAAUGUGAUCCAGUCUGCUCAUAUCGGACCAGCAGGAUCCCAGUUAGGUGACUCUUUGAAUAUAGAGAGUACUGAUGACCUUCUGUAUGCUAUAUUCACAAGUGGGAGUUCAUCUGCCCUUUGUUUCUAUAAGAUGAGUGAUGUCCAGCAGAGGUUCGAAGAUGCUGUCUUGGGAUGUAUCCAGGGAGACAAUAACGAGUUAGGAACAACAAACGACUACUUUGGAGACUACAGCUUUUGUAAAUCAUUUCCUGACACAUACACUUUACCAGAUACAGCACAGUGUACAGCUUAUUUUAGAGAUGGGGAUGAACCUCCUGCGACUCAAUACCAGUAUGCCAGUGGUACAGUUCCCCUCUCUGCCUCACCCAUCAUCACCAUUCCUGAUGUGACAUGCACCUCCAUAGUGACAACCAUAGAGAGACAACAUACUGUGGCAUUCAUGGGAGAUACACAAGGAAACAUACAUAAGGUUAAUAUUGUGAAUAGCUCAUAUGGCUACGUCUAUGAGACUGUCCCUGUUGGAAGUGGAUCUGUUUUACAAGACACGUUUCUUGAUGAAUCUUCAGAGCAGAUAACAUUGGCCACAAGUUCAGACCAAGGCUCACAGGAGGUUCAAAGUGCACAAGAUAUGAGGCAUGCCCCGAACGUGAUGAGUCAACUCGAUGGUUACCAUACAAUGCCUUACAGUGUGUAUCCAUCUCAGCUGUCCAGCCAAACCGUCUGCCUUAUCAUCAGACACAACAAGAAGUAA